UUUGAAUCUGGGAUCAUUCAAACUCUGGUGGCUGUGCUGCACAAGGCUCUCAAACCACCCAACAUGAAUGUGAAUUGUUGUGUGAUGAUAGCCCUUCUGGUUGGGAUAACGUGCAUUGGAAUGACCCGUGAAAAGCCAUCGUCAAUAAUAAACCGGUGUAAGUGCAGAGGAGGUACAUUGCGUCUUGGCCCAAACAGCAUUCAAAAGUUGAUGGUUCUUCCGAUUCCAAACUGCCCCCUGCAAAUCAUAGCUACUCUGAAGAACAACGGUGACCAGGUCUGCAUUCACCCGAAAACAAGAUGGCUUCGCUUCAGAAAAAGAUAUCUGAAAUCGAUAAUAUAAAGGCUAGAAUGAAGUGCGGAUCCUGUGUGCCAAAGAAAUGCAUUUAUAUUCCAUGAAGACUGGGAUCUGACACAAGUACAUCACUCAGUAACCAGCUAUUGAAAACUCAGUGAUAUCAUUUACCAGCUGAAUGUUUAUAACAGCACAUGCCGACAAAUGCUUUCAGAUUCAGUGUAGUGGCCAUCUUUUUAAGGCUUUCAUCUUCCUCACACUAACUUUAAGUCUGAACAUUUAAUGAAGGUAUACAGUACAACAAUGAGCAUGAGCAUGGAAUGCAGAGGCAGUGCCUCGGGGUUGUGGUUUGCAUGGCAUUUCUGAUCUGCUGAUGUGACAUUGCAACUACUUCCUUUGCCCAAUAACGUGCAGCUCCCUAACUAUUCCAAUUAAACAUCUCAAUUGCCUGACCCAAAGGGAGGAGCCUUCCACCCCUGACCUCCAGGCUGAGGUUAUUGAGUGAUCUCCGUCAACAAUCAGAAUGCAGGCGAUGGUGACAAUGGUCUUUCCUCUGGGGACUUGCCUAUCUGCCAGCCAGUCCCAUAAGGAGAAUGGUCAUAUUUAAAUGUUAAUCACAUGUGAAAAUAAAUUAGCAAGGGACUUAAGGGGCAAGAAUACUGUUUGGUAUUUGCGGAGAGCUGUGUUUGCAUUAAUAUCAAAGAAAUUGCUGCUGUCUUCAAAAUGGCAGGACGAUUUUGUGAGGUUUGAGGAGGAACAUACAGGCUAUGCCUGGUGCCCUGGACCUUUUUGGUGAUAGAGGUUGCAGGCUGGGAAGGUGUAGUCAGACCAGACUAGGGAAAUCACUGUGGUGCACUUUGUAGAUGGUACAACCUGCAGCCAUUAUAUGUCGGUGGUGGAGGGAGUAAGUGUUUAUGGUGGUGACUGGGUGCCAGUCAUGUGUGUUGCUUUGUCCUGGAUGAUGUUGAGCUUCUUGUGAGUUUUUGGAGCUGUACUCAUCCCAGCAAGUGGAGCGUGUUCCAUCAUACCCCCAACUUGUGUCUUGUAGAUGGUGGAAAGGAUUUGGGGUUUUAAGAUAUGAGUCACAUGCAGCGCGAUACUCAGCCUUUGACCUACUCUUACAGCCUUGGUAUUUACAUGACCAGUUCAGUUGAUAUUCUCGUUAAUGGUGACACCAGGAUAUUGAUAUUAGGGGCUUGGCGAUGGUGAUAUCAAGGGUUGGUGUUCGGAUGGUGCUGGAGAUGAUCAUUGCCCAAACACUUCUGUAGUGAUGAUAUUGCUUUGCCACUUAUCACAUUAAGUCAGAAUCUUAUCCAGAUCUUGCUGCAUGCAGGCAUGAGCUGCUUCAUUCUCUGAGGAGCUACAAAUGGGCCUGAACACUACAACUAACCUUUCACCUUAAAUGGAAAGUCGAAUGUAUCAUUCCAUGGUGAGGUGUUGGCGCCAAGAGGGAAAUGAUGCAUUGGUCCCUGUGGACUGGCCAAAGAGACUCAGCAGGAAAAAUAAACAUAAUAGCAGUCACCAGCCGGUCUAAAAAACAUUAAUACAUCAAAAAUGGCCAUAAGAGAUAAUCUGUUGGUGUUUUGGUCUGCUUCUCACAACACAUAAACUUUCCCUGAAAAAUGUUGAGGAAAAUACACUUUCCACAUGGGCUGCAGCAUUCAAAAUAAUUCAUGCUCCUUUCCCUUUGCUGAACAUUUUCUCUUCAAAGAUGCUUGUUGCACAAUGAUAGGUCUCAGUGUUUGUUCAGCUCAGUCACCAGCUGCCCCAUCUCUGAGUCAGAAGACGAUGGGUUCAUCCGUGUAGGACAGUAAGUUCAUAAAGCUGGAAUGCAUCUUGUGUUGAACAAUGAUGAGCUGUUAUCUCUGGGCCCCAUCAGCCUCCCGAAACACACAACAAAGAUCCCAGAUCUGGGUGUUCUCCUGAAAACCCUGACCUGCAGUGGAAUAAUCAGUCGGUUACCUUGUUAGAUUUGAAGAUUCCUGCUGUGCUCAUUGUCUUGUGACUGCAUUUCAAUUUAGUUCAUUGGACACACACUGCUCUUGCUGCCUCUCAGAGCUCGAAUAUCAUGUUUAUACAGAUUACAAAUUGAAGAAAACACUUGCCAAACAUUUUUGAAGAAAUAAGACUAAAGUUAAGUGUUUAGUUGGCAAACAUCAUGCAAGGAGAAACAUCUAAGCAACUUAGGACACACUUAAAACUGUUCACUCAAAUCAUAUAAUGGAAAAUUACUGACAACAGCAUAUAGGCUAUGAAUAUUAUUAAUAUAAACUGAAUUUUAUUAAACAUUCUGGGGUGUUGGGUACAUUUAUUUAGUGUAUUUUCUUACAGGGUGGUCUAAAUAAAAAACUGAAUUACUUCUGGAAAUGAAUAUAGGGGGCCCAAGGGAAGGAGUGUAUUCUAUAAGUCACUUAUAAUAAAACACAAGACCCACACAAUGGAGCCGAUUUCUCUCUCUUGCCUAAUGAUCUGUAUCAGCUAUUGAUUUUGUCCUUGAAUAUUCUGCAUUGUUUUCCAAAUAUUUCACAAAUACGGUAAUAACCAGUAAUUGCAAAUUCUGAAGCCUUUCUGUCUGACAGCAUUCCUGGGGCAGGAUUGCUCAUUGUAACACAAUACAAUGCCAUUUUGUAAGGUUCCUCAAAAUUCUUUCUAAAUUUACAGAGUCUUUGUGCCUACUCCCAGGAGCUCAGUUUGCUUUGUUUGCGGCCUCUGUGUGAUUUCCUGCUUCCAAUCUGCAACUGUUGCAAGGGAAAGCUCCAAAGUAAAGUUAAGAUUCCUCACAGAGGUUUAUCUACUAAUCUCCACUGGUAAAACUUCAUAAAAUGUGAAAAGAAAUGUAACUGAUUCACAAAUGUUAUUGAAUGGGGAAAAUUAUUAUAUGUAUUUUUUUGCAAUUGUUAUCCAAAAUAAAAGCAUGUUGAAUUUAA